AUCCCUUCCCUGAGCAACCUCACCUUAGUAAUUGCUAUGCUUUCACCUUAGUACUCUACUGUGGUGUCUGCUGAUACGUUUUUUGGUUCUAUAUAAACCUUACUCUAUUCCACUCUUCAAUUCAUCGCUCUCUUCUUCUUCUUCUUCUUCUUCUUCUCUCUCUCUCUAAUUAUUACCAUUUGGUGAUUCUGACGAUGGCCAUGAAACGUGUGGCUUCCUCUGCGGUUCGCUCCCUGCUUGCUUCUUCUUCCACUUUCACCAGGAACCUUCACGCCACUGGUGGAAAGAAGAAGAUUGUGGGGGUGUUCUACAAAGGGAAUGAGUAUGCUUCCAUGAAUCCCAACUUUGUGGGAUGUGUGGAAGGAGCAUUGGGUAUUCGUGAGUGGCUUGAAUCACAAGGUCAUGAGUAUAUCGUCACUGAUGACAAAGAAGGACCGAAUUGUGAACUUGAGAAACACCUUCAUGAUCUCCAUGUCCUCAUAACUACUCCAUUUCACCCUGCCUAUGUCACUGCGGAAAGAAUAAAAAAAGCGAAAAAUUUAGAGCUACUUUUGACUGCUGGCAUUGGUUCUGAUCAUGUUGAUCUUAAGGCUGCUGCUGCUGCUGGUUUAACUGUGGCAGAGAUCACAGGAAGCAAUGUAGUUUCGGUUGCAGAGGACGAACUCAUGAGAAUUCUUGUUCUAGUGAGGAAUUUCUUGCCAGGGUAUCAUCAGGCUGUUAAUGGAGAGUGGAAUGUUGCUGGCAUUGCAUAUAGAGCUUAUGAUCUUGAAGGCAAGACCAUAGGGACCGUUGGUGCCGGACGAAUUGGGAAGCUUUUACUACAAAGAUUGAAGCCUUUUAACUGUAAUCUUCUGUAUUAUGAUCGACUUAGGAUGGACUCUGAAUUGGAGCAACAAAUUGGAGCAAAGUUUGAGGAGGACCUUGAUGCAAUGCUUCCAAAGUGUGAUGUAAUUGUUAUCAACAUGCCUCUUACUGAACAGACAAGAGGAUUGUUUGACAAAAAUAGAAUUGCUAAGUGCAAGAAGGGUGUCUUGAUUGUUAACAAUGCUCGAGGGGCAAUCAUGGACACCCAAGCAGUUGCUGAUGCUUGUGCUAGUGGCCACGUUGCAGGUUAUGGUGGUGAUGUUUGGUACCCACAACCAGCUCCAAAGGAUCAUCCAUGGCGCUACAUGCCAAACCACGCCAUGACUCCUCAUAUUUCUGGCACCACAAUAGAUGCACAGCUACGUUAUGCUGCUGGUGUCAAAGACAUGCUUGACCGGCACUUUAAGGGUGAAGAUUUUCCAGAACAAAACUACAUUGUCAAGGGGGGUCAACUUGCAAGCCAAUACCGGUGAAGUAGUGUGUGUCAAUGUGGCCUUUAAAUCUUCCAUUUUUUAGGCCAAUGGAUGAGCAAAUAAAGAUCUAGAGGGCACUAUAACGAUAUGUGCUUGCUUUGUUGAGUUUGUACUCGUUUAAUUUAUUUCAGAAAUAAAAUUGUAAGGACCGCUCUCUGUGUAUGGUUCUUGUGUUUUUAGAAUUUGAAUGUACUGCUUUUAAUGCGAGGAUAUUAGUAUCUAUGGUUAACAUGGGAUUGAAAAUUGACUAACGAAAGUAAAUCAUGUCCACCAGACCAUAUGAUUUGGUAAAAUUACAUGUUCUUCCUCUUCAUUUUGAAAAUACAAAUUAACUCCAUUCUUCUUGUCUU